AUGGAGGAUUCUAUCUCACCUUCAUCUACGCCACCCAUUCCACCAUUACCACCGCCGCCUCCUCCUCCUCUUCCCGAACCUCCAUUAAUUUCAUCCUCAUUGCCCACUACUAGCUUAACCUCUAACUGUAUAGUUCCUGACGAAGAUACAAAACUUACCGAAACUCAAAAAAUGUUGCAACAACUUUUUCAAGAUCCUUUGCUUUCAGAUCUAACUAAAUACAUUAGUAGCGAUAAAAAUAACCGUGCUUUACUCAAUAGAGGCAUAAAUAAGAACAAUUCUAGUAUGACUGGCGAAAGUUCUCUAACUACUACGACAACUUCUUUAACUCUUGAACAUGUUGAUACACUUAUUGCUUUGGAAAUGGGAACUGCAUUUGAGAUUACUAUUUUGAGAUGUGGCCUUGAAACAUUAAAAAUGGUGGUACGACAAAAUGCUACCAUUUCAGAUAUAAAAAAUUUAAUUGUUUUACAAGUAACAAGAGAUCUUAAAGAAAAGGGCAGAAGGAAUAAGAAAAUAAGUUGGAAAUAUAUAUGGAAAACUUAUUGUCUCAUGUUUGAAGGACAAAAAUUAUUGGAAGAUAAAGCUAGAAUUCAGGAGAUAGGUAUUCGUAGUGGAAGUGUUUUGAGAUUUUCAAGAUAUGUCAAUAAAAAUAAGACAGAACGCGGAAAAUAA